AUGGCCGACGACGCUCCGCAGAGCCUGGACGAGCUCGUGGCGAACCUCGCCACGUACAAGGAGCAGCUGAACGACGUUGAUGAGCUCCUAACGUCGGACCCGACGAACGCCGAGUUCCUCGAGGUCAAGUCCUCCCUCGAGGAGGUCAUCGCGCUCACCGAGGAUCUCGUCAAGGAGGCUGGAGGCGGCGACGGCGACGAGGCCGCCGCCGGCGCCGGCGCCGCGCCUCCGCCGCCGCCGCCCGCCGCGGACGACGACGCCGCGGCCGUGUUCGCCUCCCUCGUCGGCACCAAGUGCAGGGCCAAGUUCGACGGCGUGUGGUACGACGCCGUGGUCGACGGCGUCAACGAGACGAACGGGAGGAUCAAGGUGACGUUCACGCAGUACGGCACCGUCGCCGAGCUGGACGCGGACGACAUCAAGGGUGCCGACGGGGGCGCCGAGGGUGCCGAGGGUGCCGAGGGUGCCGACGGCGCACGGCUGGACCCGGUGGCGGCUGCGGCGGCGGCGGCGCGGGAGGUGUACAAGGGCGUGCCCGCGCCAAAGAGGGUCAGGGUGGACGGCGACGCGGAUCGGUUCGUGAAGAAGGAGCUCCCGAAGAAGCUGAUGAUCAUGGACGGGGACGACGAGGCGACGCGGGAACGUAAGCGGCGACAGAUCAAGGCGUUCAAGGGGAAGCAGCGGAUGGCGGAGAUGGACGCGGAGCAGAACGCGAAGAAGAACAGCUGGCAGAGCUUCCAGGCCAAGUCUGGGAGCAAGAAGCGGACGGGAUUCAUGACCGGGAAGGUUGGGAAGAAGGACUCGAUGUUCAGGGUGCCGGAGGGGGGGCGGGUGGGUGUCGUCGGGUCGGGGCAGGGCGUCACGGACUACUCCCAGAAGAAGCGCUACGACCAGUGA